AUGGACAAUCGCUCCCUGGCCUCGCCGCCCUCGAUACGCGUGUGUCACUCAACUCCAACCACUGCUACCAACACUGAACAGAACCACCGCCUGCCCUCGAGAUCUCCGUCGUAUUCGAAAAAUUCUGAUCGCUCGCCGUCAUCGUAUGGGCGACCAAUGGCCAUCCCAAACUCCAACGAGCCGCUGGCGCCGCCGCCAUUGCCUCCGCCCCGAUUCAUUGAGGAUCUCGCGCAGGGCCACGACUCCGGGUGGAAAUGGGGCAAUUCGUUCGAAGGAAAGCCAACUCUGGCCCCUAUAAAGCCGACGUCCAGCCUCUUUGGCGGUCACAGUCGCCCGCCUCUUGUCCGUCGGGACGAGACUUUUUCGUUCCCUGACGAGUUCAAGUGCGGAGCGGCGAUGUCAGCUGCGACGAGCCCGUCGUCGGAAACAAGCCCAUCUGGGCAACUGACUUCUCCGGAUGCGGCUCGAUCAGGCUCACUUGGUUCUAACCCCUCCGGCUCACGUCUGGAAGGAGAAAAGCCUCUUUCAAAGAAAUGUGUUGAGCGUUCCUCAAAUGCCUACGACCAACACCUCUUGUCGAAAAUCGGGAAACCGGGUUCCCCUCCACGGCUUGCGUCGAGCUUGGGCACUUCCUUGAACAGCACAAGCCUGCCAUUCCAUUCGAAAACCAGAACACUUUCGACCUUAUCGAUUGGCGAUGGGUCGUUGAGCCCAAGGGAUAUCCCUCCAAGAUGGGGCAGUGGUCCCCCGUCCGCCGCAAUUUCUCCUGGCACAAAAAUGGGGGCCUGGCAAGAUUAUGUUGGGUACCAUAGUCCGACCGGUGAUAGCUCUGUGCACUCUCCCAUGGAGAUCGACAGCUUCAACCAUGCCCGGGAGCGGUACAACAGUAAUUCCUCCGGACGUCGUCCAACAGAAGAAAGACCCAGCAUUUCGGAACGGUCUAGCAAAGCGAGCUAUGAUCAAGGAAUGUUCGCCGAGCAAGAUACUGAUUUUGCAAUGGAUGAUGCGGGACCGACUUCUCAACCCAGUUUACCGGGGCGUAUGUCCUUUACAGAAGGCUUUUCGUCUAUAUCGCGUAAUAGCAUGAAACGAAGGGCCUCGUCACCUCCACGGGGUGCAGCUGCGGACCCAAUGUAUGGGUUUACGGAUGUAGAUAGAGACAGGCGAGCGCUGGGACUCCGAUCCAAUAGCUGCACCUCUCCUACUACCCGGUAUCCAGGAAGUCACGGAUCCAUCUCCUCGAUAUCAUCAAGUCUGCGAACAGAAUCAUAUGCAUCAUCGACUGGGCUCUCUGCUGCGGCGAGCAGCAUUUCUUCUUUUGGAGGGCCGUCUCCAGGAGGAAUUUCACCCACUUCCGAUUUGGACACAUGCUAUGAAAGAUCGUACUUGCCGCCUACAUCACAUCGCUCGCAGUAUGCCGAGUCUGUGGACAUGAAAAGUUCGGUUUCACGAAAGGGUUCAACACAGAAUGGUAUUGGUCUCUCAAAGCCUACUGCACCAAGGAUAGGAAGACUAUAUAUUUGCGAAUGCUGCCCAAAGAAGCCCAAGAAACUUGAGAGCCUGGAAGAAUUACGUGCCCAUGAGAUGGAAAAGCAAUAUACGUGCCAGUUUUGUAAUAAGCGAUUCAAAAACAAGAACGAAGCCGAACGGCAUCAGAAUUCUCUGCAUUUGCGACGGCAUUCUUGGUCUUGUGCUGCGUUGUCAAAUCCCGAGUCUGCAUUCCACCCUUCAGCUUCCCCGACUUGUCAAACCCCUAACGGUCCUUCACACGAUACUUGUGGAUACUGCGGGGUGGAAUUUACGAAUUUCCCAAAGCCCGAAUGGGAUCGGAGAAUGGAGCACCUCAUCAACAUCCAUAAGUUUGGGGAAUGUAAUCAGGCAAAGAAAUUCUACCGCGCCGAUCACUUCCCGUCAACACUUGAAACAUAG